CCCUCAUUCAUUCAUUCUCCAAAGAAACCCUCACUUUCCUGUAUUACCCUUGAAACAUAUCUAUAUCCAGCAAUCAACGUGAUGUCGGCUGUCAAACCACCCCGAGAGUUCAAGUUCGUUGGCGCGUUCAGUCGCAAGAGAAGACGUCGCGACGGAACAGCACCAGGUUCAAUCGACUUCAUCGGACCGACAACACGAUCAAAGCAAGCGUCGACGUCAACACCAAAGCCGCAAAAUGAAGCUGCUCCUGCUGAGCCUGCGACGCCGCCAUCGAGCUCAAAGUCAGCGGAUGGUAAUAGCGAAAGUCAAGAUAAGAAUGCAGAGAACACAACGCCCCCAGCAGUAGAAGCGACAGAGGCUCCAGAGCAAGCUCCUCUGGCUGCGACUCCAGUGAUUCCUCACGAAAAUGCCAAUCCUUUUGAUCACGACAUGAUGAUGGGAGAGGGUAUGAACAGCGGAAGUGAUAUAGACUGGAGUUACUCGAGUCUUAUGAACCCCUUUAUCGAUACAGGGCCCUCGUUCAUGGCACCUUUUGACCAGGUCAAUGGCCAACUACCGAUUUAUUUUGGCCCCGACAUUUCUCUCAUUCAGUUGGGCGACUCAUCAUCAACCGACAACUCACCCGAGAAUCACUUCAUAGGACCACAGUUGCCAAAUGAAAACGGUGGUACGACAGGCGAAUUUGGUGCAAAUGCGCAAUCACAAGCAAUUGAAGAGCCCGUCUUGCCAUUGCUCAACUCUCACGCAGCGCCGAGCAACAUCAGCGACACCAUUGCGCAGUUACUGACUCGAUAUGACCAAGAGUUCUGCGUCAUGCCACUAACUCACGACUUUGCCGCCAACCCGUUCCGGUUCGAUGCCGAAACUGGCCGUGGCUCACAACUUCUCCUCCAUUGCAUCCUCGCUCUUUCCUACAAGCACAUCAAUCGCGAUACGGGCUCUUGCGCCGGUGAGGCCAAGAUGCACAAGAAGAAAGCUCUUCAGAUGCUCAAAGACAUGGAAGGCGUGUCACAGGCGUCACCGAUUGAAGCGACAUUCUUGGACGCGGUGCUUAUUCUCAUGACCCUCGAUUGUGCAACAUCUGCCCAUGGACCUUGGACGUGGUAUCUCAAGCGGGCGCAUAAAAUGAUACAGGCUGCCGAGUUCUGCAACAUGAAGAAGACACCACGGAUGCAAGCACGGAUAGAGAUGUUGGUCUGGUGGGAUGUUACUCUGGCCCUCACAAGCCGCCAAGGAUGCGUGCUCUCCGAAUCAACGAUAAUCAGUCUCUUCAACCACGACAAAACAAGCAACGAAACAUUCUACAGUGUAUCAGGCUGCCCAGAAGCCUUAUUCCGACACAUGAUUCGUCUUGGAUCCUAUGCACGAGAAUUCGAGCUUAUAAGCAACAUGACCUGCGCAAAGUUCGACAUGGAACCUGUUCUAGGUGUAGAGAAAGAGAUACGAGAGUGGACAGAUCCUGAAUACGGUGAUCUUCCAGAUCAACUCGUCUCAGAUACUACAGGCUGUGAUAUAGGCGACGUGGCGCAUUACAAAGAGGAUCUACAUCACUGCGCCGAAGCUUGGAGAUACGGACUGUUAAUCUACAUCGGUCGCGUCUUCAAAUGGCAGCGUGAUCAACCCGCUCCAUCUAUACUAGGCUUCCUCGCUCGCAAGACUCUCAACCACGUCACGUCCUGUAGAUAUAGUUCAAUGCUGCAAAAGCAACUCCUUCUUCCGGUAUUUCUUGCUGGGUGCGAGACGUCGGAUGAGCACUUGCGACAAGCUGCGAGGACGUAUUGUAGCUGGUGGAAUGAGAGGACGAGAUAUGAUAUGUUUUUGACGGCGAAUACUCUGCUUGAGGAGGUUUGGGCUGAUGAGGCGGCGGAUUCAUGGUGGGGGUCUGUUAUUGAUCAGAAGAGUCGGUCGAAUGUUAAUUCUGGGGAGGGGAGGCAGUAUUUAUUCGGAUGAGAAUUUUUAAUGCGUACUUCGGGUUUGCAGUCUCUGCUUUGGUAGCGUUAGUGAGCUUCCUUUCCAGGUUUGGGACAAGAGAACCAGCCGUGUCAAUACUUGAAUGUCAGAUUGGGCAAACAAACAUUCACGAGUUUGAAACAUGGGAGGGAUCCAUGAUGUAUAUAUACUACUCGCAUUUUUUACUAUAAAUGGC